UUUUCCAGAGAAGUGUUGCUGUCCUGCUUUCCUGUUACUAAACGAAGUCUUCAGCUACUGGAAUCCGAUAAGAUGUCAUGAUCGUUGUGCCCUUCUCCAUUCACGACCUCUGCUAUGGUGAAGAAAGAUUUCUUUCUCCGCACUUUGUUCGUGAGAGGAUCGAACAUUUCAAAUGUCUGUUUCGGGAAUGCCUUGGGGAAGUCAUUGCUUUGCAUAUGCAGCGUUCAUCAGAGCUGGUGUGUGCGGUUGCAGCGCUUGUCGAGCUACACACGCCUUUUACAAUAAUUAACUCGAGAGAUGGUCCUCUUCUAUAUGGAGCUCAAUGGCUCUAUGAUGAAAAGCAGCUCUACAAGAUCUCUUCCCUUGAAAAUAAAACAUCAGAAUCUGAUGACGGAAGAUGUGAAGAUCUUUGCUUCACUAUCAGGACUUCUGGAACUACGGGAGAAGCAAAAUUAGUUGCUGUACCAUUUUCCUGUAUAGAGCCGAACGUAGAUGACUUCAGGGAAAGAUUCCAUAUAACAUCCCAAGAUGUAAUACUAUGUGCUACGUCAUUUUGCUUCGACCCAUCCAUCAUCGAGCUGUUUUUGCCAUUUACAACUGGGGCUGAUCUUCUGCUCGUACCGGAUCAUGUUCGUUCACAACCACAUCUAUUUUCAAGUGUUCUACGGCGGUACAAGCCUACCAUUGUCCAGUUAACGCCUUCUGUGUUAUCGCUUUUGGAUGAGAACACACUUGCAUGGAUUUUUGGAAGUUCCUCGCCUAUUCGAUGUCUUCUUCUUGGAGGGGAGAAGUUUCCCUCGAAGUUGGUCAAGCGUUUCCGAUCGCCUUCCAAUCUAACAAAGGUCUUCAAUGUUUAUGGUGUGACGGAAGUUUCUUGUUGGGCUAGUAUUGCAGAAAUUCCUCACAGCUUUAACAAUGUGACAAUCGGGUCUCCUUUGAAGUCCACCACAUUUACUCUCACCGAAGAAAACGAACUUUUGCUAGGCGGAUCACGACGGUGUUGCGUGAAUGGUAUGUGGAACGUGGGUUUCACGGCUACUGGAGACAUAGUGCAGAUGGUGAACGGUGGGCUUGAUAUAGUUGGGAGGACAGAUGAGCAAGUGAAACUCAACGGAGUUCGUUGUAAUCUAUCUGCCAUAUCGGAAUCGGUCCAGUCACUUAGUCAUGUCACAUUCGCUCGCGCUAGCAUUUACAAGGAAAAGUUUUUGGUCCUUUUUGUCAAAGCCGAUGUUCCCAUAGAAGAUGCUCUGAGAGUCCUUAUUCCGGCUGGACUUUUUCCGUCAAAGAUCGUCUACCUGGAUAUAGUGCCCGUCAAUCGAAAUGGCAAAGUAGACUGCUCAAAGCUGUUGGAAAUUUUGGAGGAACAAUGUUCCAAAGCUAUGAAAACUAGCACUUCCCUUUUAGCUUUUCUGAGUAAAUUUGGUAUCAAGGUUGAUAGUGAUCUCUCGAAUCACUCGUUCACUGAUUAUGGAACGCUGAUGCGUUGCAUGACAUCUUAA